GGGCAAACAACAUUUGUGCUUCUUCCGCGCUAUUGUUUAUUUGUUUAUUAAUACCCUGCCUCCCCCCCCCAUUGGAUUCAAGGCAGCUGACAUAUAAAAAUAAGAAUUGCUAAAACCUUUUUAAAAAAUUGAACAUUGAUAGGCGUAAGACUCUUUGGCGUUGAAGGAGAAUCCCUCUUCUGCUGCUGGCUGUCAGUGUGAAUUGGAAUGGUUAUUCCACAGUCUCCAGAAAUAUCCAGCAAUGUACAUCUGCAGGGUUGGUGAGGGUGGAAUGGGGCUUGUGUGUGUGUGUGUGUGUGUGUGUGUGUGUGUGUGUGUGUGUGUAGUUUGACAGGACACCUGAGGAGAAGGCUGUGCAGAUAAAGCAAACACCCCGCCCCACCACUUCCUUGUUGCACUAAAGCUUUGCAAAACAGUGGAGAUGUCUAGCUGUUACUAUUUGCAGAGCUCUCAGCAGCUCAGCUCAACCAAGAGGGAUUCCCGUCCGCACUCUUUCUCUUCUUCUUAGGAGCUAGGGAGCUGGAGCUGUCCCAAGCUGCACCUGACCUGGAGUUAGGAAUUUGGGGGGGGAUUCAUGCACUUUCACAUAUAAAGGCAAACACACCUCCUCUGUGCUUUCCUGCGCACAUCCGCCUUUUGAAAUUUGCAGCUCUCCAAAGCUUGCAGUACCAUAAUCCAGCUAGGUAAUGUGUGCAAAAGAUGCAUACGCUAAGGUUAGGUGUGCAUAAAAAUGUAUGCAGUAGUGAAAAUAAUGUACCAAAAAAAAAGAAGCAAAAGGGCGGAAAUCACUUUGCACUUGGGGUAACCUUGCACAUAAACAUUUGCACAUUUGGAGACAUUCGCACUAGAAUGCUGUUAAAUUUUCACUGUUUUUUAAAAAAGCAAACUGAUGCGGAAAUGUGGGGGGGACUGAACUUAAGGCUGGAAAAACAAGAAACUAAAAUUGAUUUGUUUAUUCCUGCUGGGAGACACUUUGUAUCCAUACUUCAUAUUAACUCAUUUAUAUGGUUUUGUGUUUACCACUUAAGGGUUUUUCUAAAUACACAGUUUAUAAAUUCUUCUAAACAAGCAAAUAACAUAAUGGGAAGGAGUUUAGAAAAUGCAUAUUGCAUUAGCUCGUGGGGUGGACGACCAGACUGUUAAUGGGGUCGAAGAAGAUGUGAGAAGAACGUUUAACCCUCUUGCACUGAGCCUCGGAGAGCUUUGCAAAACACCAAGAUCUUUUGCAACUUGGUGCAACACACGGACCAACCCCAUCCCCUCUGCUUGGCAGCUGAAGAAAUGGGUUUUAUAAGCAUUGAUUGCUUACUCUCUAUGCACCAAGGAAGUGAGACUGGGGAAACUCUUAGUAUAGUGGAGGAAGGAACUGGAACUUAAAAGCAGGGUAAGAGCCCUCCUGCUGAUAUUGCUGGUCCUGUCAGAUCAUAACCCUGUCAGCAUAAUAAAAUUUGCAAAAAAAACCCAAAAAACAAAACCCAGCAAUAACCACCACCCAAAACCAGCUACAGUGGUGCCUCGCUAGACGAAUGCCCUGUAAGACGGAUUUUUCGCUUAACGAAUAGAUUUUUCUAGCGGAGGUUGCCUCGCAAGACGAAUUCGUUUUGCGAAAAAUUCAUCUAGCGAACCACGGUUUCCCAUAGGAAUGCAUUGAAAUUCAAUUGAUGCGUUCCUAUGGGCAAAAAUAAAAAAAAUCAAUGCAUUCCUAUGGGAUUCACUAGACGAAUUUUUCAUUAUACGAAUUGCCCCGUGGAACGAAUUGAAUUCGUCUAGCGAGGCACCACUGUAGCUAUAUUAGCAUUAGAUCAGUGCAAGGCAGCUUGUCAGUGUGAAUUGUAGGCGUUAUGUACCGGUAUGGAGAUGGUAUGAUCCUAAGGAUGGAAAACCUUGAGAGACAGCAAUGUCUUUGAAAGAAAUUCUCAAUCACAUUUAUGGUUUUGAUUGAUUGAUACUUAUUCAAUGAUAUACAAAAAAUACAUACCCAUUACAAAGUAUUUUUUCAUGUUAUACUGAGAUAAAACAGCUACUUAGAGAAAAUCAGAAGGAAGAAAAGACAAGGAAAGGAGAAACCUAAAGAAAGACGAAGCGAGAGAAAAGGAAAAUAAAGGGGGGGGGACUAAAGAAGGAUAAAGAAGAAAACAAUGUAAGGAUUUCUGGCUCUCUGUCCUUGCAGCUACGGUAUUUUUUUUUUCAAUCUUCAAAUCCAUUUACUACAAGUUCGUUUUCUCUUUCAUGCAAAAUGUCCUUAAGAAAUUUCCAGUCCUUAACAAAUGUUGAUAAUGAUUUUUCUCUAAUUAAACAUGUUAACUUUGCCAUCUCAGCCAAGUCCAAUAGCUUUAUCACCAUUCUUCUAUGGUGGGUGGGGUUGUGUCUUUUCAUCUUUGUGCAUAUAGCAGGCACGGCCAACACCCAACAGGAUGCGAGCCACCAUGCAAUAUAAAAAAACCUGGCCAUUGUCAUUCUUCAACUUAAACAUAUUAUAUGUAGCUGGGGGAACCCAGCCAGAUGGGCAGGGUAUAAAUAAUAAAUUAUGAUUAUGAUAAAAGUAAUAAAAAAUUAUUAUCUCCACACCAGCGCCCGCCCAGGGCCAUUGGUGCACACGGGAAGCCAACAUGCCCCCGAAAUGUCCAAUUUCCCCUUUACCAGAUGGGAAAGCUUCAGGGGCAGUGGCUUACUUUUGAAUAAAUGCAGCUGGGCUGGAGCUGGAAAGGUAGGGAAAGUUCAGCAUCCAUGUAGAACUAGGAGGGAGAGGGUUUUCUUUCCAUGGGAACCAGCAGGAGGGGGAUGAGGGGCGAGAAACGUCUCUAUCUCUGUGUGUGUGUGUGUGUGCCCUUCUCUCGGCUCCCUUUCCCGGCUGGCCAGCUGACUGGGUGUCGGGCAAAGCCAGCGGCCAAGCAGGGUGAUUGAUCCCUGAGUCGAUCACGGUCGUCGCAUUGGACAUACAUGGCAUAUAGCAAUCUCGCGGCUGUAAGUAUAUAUUGCAGUCGUCUUCCAUAACCCCGUUCUUAUUUUGUGUCCGUUAGCCCUAAAAGCAAGAGUUCUGGAUUCAACUGAAUAGUAACCUUUAAAAUCUGCUGUAUCCACAGAGAGUACGAGACUCAGAAUUGUGGGUUUGAAGCCUACGUUGCAUUGCAGGGGGUUGGACUAGAUGACCCCCCCCGGAGUCCCUUCCCAACUCCACAGUUCUAUGAUUUUAUGAAUCUGUGUAUUCAUAUCCAAUAUAUUUUACCUUUUUAACAUGCCCACCAGGCAUGAUAAAAUGUCCCUUCAUGUUUUUGGCAUUUCCAGCAAACAUUUGAAACGUCUUUAUACAUUCUGAAUAGUUUCUCAGGAGUUGAAUACAGUCAUACCUCGGUUUAUGUACGCUUCGGUUUGAGUACUUUCAGUUUAAGUACUCCGCGGACCUGCCUGGAACGGAUUAAUCCACUUUCCAUUACUUUCAAUGGGAAAGUUGGCUUCAGGUUAAGUACGCUUCAAUUUAAGUACUUCGUGGACCGUCUGGAACGGAUUAAUCCACUUUCCAUUACUUUCAAUGGGAAAGUUUGCUUCAGGUUAAGUACGCUUCAGGUUAAAUACAGACUUCUGGAACCAAUUGUGUACUUAAACCGAGGUACCGCUGUACCCAUUGAAAUCAACAAACCCGAGUUCAUCCAGGCCAGGGACUUCAGUGGCUCUAAUCUGAGUAGGACUAGCGUUGACGCCCAACCCCUAGUGCAGAAGCAACCUUGGAGGCACCUGGUUCUUUACUGUGAGCAACAAUAGUCUGGGAUGGAUGGACCUUUGGUUUGACCCAGCAGGUCUCUUCAUUCUUACGCCUUUUUCCCGGAUAGUAGCAGCUAACAUAGACUGCACAUGGAAUCUCAUGCCAUUGUGCCAACAUUUUGCAGCAACUUGCCGGCUAAAUUUCAUCUGCUAUUCUGUUUAGCCGAGUUUGGGGAGGUGGCCAGGGAAGGAAGAAAUCAGGCAUUGCUCCUGUAUCAUUAAUAGUUGUAUUAAAGAAGGAAUUUCAGUAGCUGUACCUUGUCCCUUUUUUUGCCUCUGGUGCCCUGUCACGUAGACACCCAUUCCCCUUGCACAGGCAUGACUUAACCGAAAAGCACUCUUCUCCUUUCCAAACCCUUAUUUAGCUUUCAUCCUCAAUCAUUUGUGGCUUUUUGCUAUCCUUCUUAAAUUGGUUUUGGAAUUGCCACCCGAUUUUUUAUGGGGAAUUCACAUGAUGUCAUUUCCCGCCCAUUGUAUUUCAGUCAUCUCUCUCCCCCCCCCCGCCACCGCACCUAAUUUGUGGCAAGGUAAACAGCUUAAAAUCCUGCCAUUGUGUACAGUACUGGCAAAGUGCUAUUAAGGCUUUCCCAGAAGGGCCAGAGAUCACUGAUAAAACUUGGUAUGCAGAGUCUCAAGUUCACUUCUGGUAAAAAAAAGGAUCAGAUGGCAUUGUAUAGGAAAGAUCUUUCCUAAGGAAGGGGUGAGGAAGCUUAUUUUUCCAUUAAAGGCCAUAGGAAAGUCAACCAGGGGCUGUGGAAAAUGGUAGGUGGAAUUAGAGCCAACAGUGGGUGGAGUCAGAGCCCAAAGUGGGUGGGGUUUGAAACAAUACAGCAUUGUAUAGCAAUCUUUUGCUCUAUGUGCCUCCCCAUAUCUCUCUCUGUGGGCCUAAUAAUAAAGGGAAAGAGCUCAGAACUCCCCUCUCGAGUUGAGCAGUGGUCCAUGUGCUUCUCACAAUCUGGACCAAGAGAAAGCUCCCCUCCCCCUUUCUAGAGGGGUAGUCCUCAGCAUGUUGGUCAUCCACCAGACCAUGUGGAGAUGAUUUGGCGCCAUGGAACCCCAGAGUCUUCUGUGGUCUUCGUUCUGCUGCUGCUGUUUCUCACCCAAUGUGAGCCGAGCAAGAAUUGCAUCUUUCAGUAUUCUCCGUUUGACACAACGAACAACACUCAGAAAUUUUUGUCUAAAAUUGAAGAACUGAAGCAGUACCUGCUCCUCAAUUACCCAGUAGAUAUGCCAUCCAACCUGAAACCGGAUGGAUUCUGCCAGGAAUUAUGGGAAGUUCAUCUCAUCAACAAAAAGCUGAAGCAUCUGGCCAGCGUAUCUGGGAGAAUCCUGCAACAAAUGUUCUUCAGUAUAACAGAGAACUUACGCUUUAUUGAAGGAUGUAACAUUGAGGAUAGCUGUGUGCGUUUUGUCAGGACAAACAUCACUCAGUUCUUGAAUCCCAUUCCUUACCGCAUCGGAAACCUGGCAGACAAGAUGGAACUCAUCCCACCGGAAGAGCCUGCCGACUACAGUAAUUGCACCGUUAUUCAGUGCCAACCAGACUCUUUUACUACUCCAGUCACCGAAAACUUUACACAGACCCCUGAUAAAAUCCACUCGUCUCAGCAAACCCCACUUCAGAGAUCUCACUGGGGACCGUUUCUACUUCUGCUUCUCGUUCCCAUCUCUUGCUUUCUACUCAUGAUGACACGUCCAUUAAGGAACCUAUUUCAGAGGCACCCAAGGUUUCAGGAAACUCCCGUUUGAGCCUUCAGAGCACCUUUGGGAAGUAAAGCAUCUUCAGGCAUGAAUGGGACAGCAUCCUUUUGCUUACACACCAUCAACAGCAGCACAUUCCCCACUUCCACUGUUUUCUCCCUGGAGGACUGGACUUCCAUAGCUAUUGGGGGGAGACAGGCAGCAGGGAGAGAGACUCUUUGCAGCAUCCCUCCGAGGAGGAGCUGUGUGGGCAUCAGUUCCAGAUUCUGCCACUGGGUGUUGCUGCACCCCCAUUUUUAUAUUGAGAAGAGUGAGAGGAGAAAGACACGGAC